ACACACUAAGUGGAGGAGUGGUCUCGGAGCCAUGACAGGUAAGCGCUAAGAGCACCAUCAUGACUAACAGAGGUUUGUUCCUGACGCUGUCCACCCUGUUACUGGUCCAGGCUGUCUCCUUCUGCCCUAAGGAGUGCUUGUGUGACAGUCAUGCCAAGGUGGUGGACUGCAGAGGACGAGGCUUAUAUGAUAUUCCGCACAAGCUCCAUCCAGAGACUCUGGAGCUACAUCUUCAAGACAACCACAUACGAGGCAUUGGUUCCAUGGCUUUUCGAGAAACGCCAUAUCUCCGAGUUUUGGACCUGGCCAACAACAGCAUCACUAUGGUUUCUCCCAGUGCCCUACUAGGCCUUAGGAGCUUAAAGACGCUCAUCCUGGCCAACAACUCUAUCCGGGAAGUGGAUCGCCGUUUAUUGGGCUCAAUACGCAAUCUAACCCACUUGGACCUGUCUCACAACAACAUAGGAGGGCUGCCUGGAGCACUAGCCGAUAGCUUUCACCAUCUAACCCACUUUUCAUUGCACUAUAAUCGACUGACCAAGCUGGAUCGCACUCACCUGGAUUCCCUUGGGAAUCUGCAGGUGCUGCACCUGACGAGUAACCCCUGGAAGUGUGACUGUCACAUGAUAGGGCUUAAGCUAUGGUUGGAAACAUUCACAUUUAAAGGUGGGGUGGUGGACAGCGUUCCAUGUCAUGAACCGCAUGUUAUGCACAACCGUGACCUCCGUCAUGUGCCCUAUGAACUUUUCCACACCUGCAUGAGCACCAGCUACAACUACUUAUUUGCCAACAUCCAGCACAUGGAGAAACAGCAGAGGUUGCUUCGUGGUGUCCCAUAUCCAAGCUUGGAUGCGCCACUAGAUCAGGAAGCUGAGUGUGAACCCAAGCCAAAACUACGACCCAUCAACCUGCGCCAUGCCAUAGCUACAGUGAUCAUCACCGGCAUUGUGUGUGGAGUUGUGUGUCUCAUGAUGCUGGCUGCUGCCGUGUACGGGUGUGCCUAUGCUGCCAUCAUGGCUAAAUACCAACGGGAGCUAAAGAAACAUGAGGAGGAGGCUGGAGGAACAGAGAGAGAUAACACAGACAAGGAAGGGGAGAAAGAGUUCCUGGAAAAUGCCAUAGCAUGAAAAGGAGUAUUAUGAAAUUUAUUGAUGCCACUGAAGACUCUGGGAAAUCUCCUGAUAUCACUGAAUUCCCUGGGGUAUAAUUAUGAUGUUGCAAAAUACCUUUGCCAUCCAUUACCAGGUGAAAAAACACAAAACACAAAGCAAAAUAAAAAAAAGGCCUAAAAUCUGCCAACAAUUGGCCGUAUAUCACUCACUUCCACAGUGAGGAGAAUGGGAAAGUAGACAAAAAAAGGAAGAACCUGAAGAUCACAUUUUCAAAAUUGCACAGUUUAUUUCAUUCCUAGGUUUGUCACAUUUCCAAAUCAGCUAAUCAGCUAUUAGAUGCCAUUUUCAAAUUAUUUGAUUGCAAGAUAAAAGCUCUUCCUGAGAGCAUGUCACAAAAUGCAGUAUCAGAAAUUCAUCACUGGAACUACAACAGGAACUGUGCGCAAAAUCAAACUACUUAUGUAUCUGUGCAUGUCUUUUUAAAGGGGAUAAUAUACACGGAUCCCUGAACCUCUGCCAGGGAAUUAAGAGACCACCAUAAACAGAUCUUUCAUCAAGACACUGGCAUCAAACAUAUAUCCAAAUCAACAGAGAAAGGGUCAUGGAACAUCAGCAGCACCAUCAGUGUUUGGUCGUGACCAUCUCAGUCCAAUGUUAAUUUUGUCAACGAAAAUUUUCACAAUACGUAUUCACUGACUACCUUUUAUUAUAUGACUAAAUUGUAAUAACAACAAAAAUGAAAAUAUAUUUAUUUGACAAUAAA